CAGUAGUGAAGUCAGUCACUGUUCAGUAGGAGUUCGGUCAUGUCUGGACUGCUGAGUGUUCGACUGCUGCUGCUGUGGGGCAGCGCCUGCCUCUGGCUGCCCAGCCUGGCCAGAGGGGCUCUGGUCAUCUCCAGAGCCCAUGAAGCUCUCGAGGAAACAAGAGGAGCUGCCAGAUCACUGCAGAAAAGAAGUACAAAUGAGGCCACGGUGGAGGUCUACAGCGUGACCGUGGACUGCACUGUGACGUCUCGUUUCGCCCACACCGUCAUGACUUCCAAGGCUCUGAACAAAGCAAACACCUCUCAGGAAAUCUUUUUCGAAAUGGAGCUGCCCAAGACCGCCUUCAUUCGCAACUUCAGCAUGGAAAUUGAAGGUCAGGUGUAUGUUGGUGAAGUGAAGGAGAAAGAGAAGGCUAAGAAACAGUAUGAGAAAGCUGUUGCCUCUGGACAGACAGCUGGACUGGUCAAGGUUUCUGGAAGAAAGAUGGAGAAGUUCUCAGUGUCUGUGAACAUUGCAGCCAAAAGUAACGUGACUUUCAUUCUAACCUACGAGGAGCUCCUUCAGAGGAAAUUGGGCCAGUAUGAGAUCCUGACUCGAGUUAAACCCAAACAACCGGUGCAGGAAUUUCAGAUUGUGACAAACAUCUACGAGCCUCAGGGUAUUUCUUUUGUUGAUGCCCAUGCAACCUUCCUCACCAAUGAAUUGCUCCCUCUGUUGGAGAAAACUGUGACAGACAAAAAGGCACGCAUCUCUUUUUCUCCAACUAUUGAUCAGCAAAGGAAAUGUCCAGAUUGUGAUGGGACACUCAUCGACGGCGAUUUUAUCAUCACUUAUGAUGUGAAUAGAGCAAAGAGCCUCGGGGAGAUUCAGAUUGUGAAUGGAUAUUUUGUGCACUUCUUUGCUCCUCCUAACCUGCCCAGAGUCCCAAAGAAUGUCGUGUUUGUUAUUGAUAGGAGCGGGUCAAUGAGUGGAAGAAAGAUUGAACAGACACGUGAGGCUAUGCUGGCCAUCCUCAAAGACCUCCAUGAGGAUGACUACUUUGCCAUCAUCCAGUUUGAUCACAAUAUUGAUGUCUGGCAGGAGUCACUCACCAAAGCAACCAAAGAAAACGUGGAGAAAGCCAUGGUCUACACCCGAAGCAUACGCGACCAAGGAGGAACGGAUAUCAAUGGUGGAGUGUUGAGAGGUGUGAAGAUGCUGGUGAAAGACAGACAGGAGAAGAAACUCCCCGAGAGGAGCGUCGAUAUGAUUAUUCUACUGACCGAUGGAAUGCCAAAUUCUGGUGUGUCUCAUCUCCCGACUAUCCAGGAAAAUGUGCGUUCUGCUACUGGAGGAAACAUGUCUCUGUUCUGUCUUGGAUUUGGGAAUGAUGUUGAUUACUCCUUCCUGGAUGUGAUGAGCAAACAAAACAAAGGACUGGCCCGCAGAAUUUUUGAGGGUUCAGAUGCAACACUUCAACUUCAGGGUUUCUAUGAUGAGGUAGCCAGCCCUCUGCUUUCAGAGGUGGACUUGCGGUAUCCUGACAACUCAGUGGACUUCGUGACCACUAAUCAUUUCAACCAGUUGUUCAAUGGAUCAGAGAUUGUGGUGGCUGGUCGACUGACAGACAACGACCUGGACAACUUCCUGGUGGAGGUGUAUGGCCAGGGGUUUGAAGAGGACUUCAAUGUGCAGGGCCAGGCCAGUGCUAUGGAUUGGGAUGUGAUAUACCCAGAUGAGGGAUACAUCUUUGGGGAUUUCACAGAACGUCUUUGGGCCUACUUGACCAUCCAGCAGCUUCUGGAAAAGAGCAAGAGUGGUGACACGUAUGAGAAAGCCAAUGCCACAGCCAAAGCCCUGGAGAUGUCUUUGCAAUACAGCUUCGUCACCCCCCUCACGUCUAUGGUGGUCACCAAGCCUGAAACUGAGGACGGCACAGACAGCCCUCUCAUUGCUGACAAGUUGACUGAGGAGCAAAGACAACAGGCAGAAAGAGGAAUGGCAAAUCGUUAUGUACCUCCAGUGUACCACCAUUCUCAUUAUCAGCCAUCACCUGCAUAUUUCGUGGAUGGAGAUCCUCAUUUUAUGAUAGAGCUCCCAGACAGAGAUGACGCUCUGUGCUUCAACAUCAACGACAAACCAGGAACUAUUUUCAACUUGGUCAGAGACCCAGAAUCAGGAAUUUUGGUCAAUGGCCAGAUCAUUGGAGAUAAGAAGAUUCCCCCUGAUGGUAAAAUAAACACCUACUUUUGGCGUUUUGGCAUCGUCCACAAGACUCUGGGGGUAAGGCUGGAGGUGAGCACUGAGGUCAUCUCAGUGUUCCAGGACGGCAGAUGGAUCAAGCUGCUGUGGUCAGAUGCAGCUUCCCUAAAAGGACCCAAUGUGGACCUUCUCUUGACCAAAGAUCGCAGCCUAACAGUAACUCUAAAAGAUUCAGUCAAGUUUGUCAUCCUGCUACACCAAGUGUGGAAGAACCACCCUUACCAUCGGGACUACCUGGGUUUCUACACCCUGGACAGCCACCUCCUUUCCUCUUCUGUUCACGGCCUGCUAGGUCAGUUCUACCACGGGGUUGACUUUGAAGUGACAGACCUGCGUCCAGGUGAGGUCCCAGAGAAACCAGAUGCCACUAUGUUUGUGAAAGGACAGGAGCUCAAUGUGACCAGAGGCUGGCAGAGAGACUUCAGGAGGGAUGUGAAGAACGGAGAAAACGUCCCCUGCUGGUUCAUUCACAAUAAUGGAACAGGCAUCCUUGAUGGAAAUGCAACAGACUACACAGUGUCAGGACUUUUUAAGACUGUUUAGAAACAGGUUACACGUCAUUGUCCACCACAGAAAUCAUCCAAAUUAAAAUCAUGCAAUAAAUAUUCAAAUCUGCAUGUACGUGCACCAUGAAUACUAAAAAAUCAUGUACCUAAAGGAAAACAGGCUUCACUCACAGCCUUGUAUGGAUAAUUUCACUAUUUCAAUCAGAGUAAUUGCUGAAAAUAUAAGAAGGGGAAGUAGCAUCAUCCUGGACUAGUGAGAAAUGUUAGGAGACUGCUUCUGCCAUCACCUGUAUGGAAAUAAAUGGGACACGGUUCUUAAAGAGAGACUCAAGCUGGAUUUACUGUUUUGAAAAUGUUUUCUGGUCUUUUGUGUUAGCAAUGUCUGCUUUCUUUUCCUAAAGUUGACUUUUAGAAGAUCUGCUAGCCUGGUAAUUUCAAACCCUUGCAUGAUAACACUGAUGUGUCCUGCUUUUUAAAUUCUAGUUUAAGUGUUUUGUAAUGUCAUGACUGGAGCAACUUUGAUUAAAGUGCUUGUUACAGUUCA